AUGAGGUUUAAUAUGAACGAGAGGCAACUCGCCUUGGCGCUGCUUUUCGUAGCUGCCGACGUACAAGGGUUUUCUUCCGAAAAUGUCCCCGCCUCGUUGAUCCGAGGGUCUUCGACUCCUCGCCAUGAAACAUCACUGGCGUCGUCUUUUCCAGGAUUUGGUGGCGGCCCUCCAGGAGCAGCUAGUACUGGCCCGAGCACAGGUUUCAAACCCCCUGGAGGCAGUCCAGGCGGAUUUCCAGGCACACAAAAUAAUGGAGGCACAAGUUCUUUUCCUGGGUCAUCAGGAGGGCCGAGCAGCGGAUUUCCGGGGGCAGCAGGAGGGCCUGGUGGAAUGAACAAGCCUGGUGGAGGAGGUAGCCCUUUUGGGGGUUCCUCUGGAUCAAGUCCAGGUGGUUUGGGAGGUGCUCCAGGAGGCAGUCCAUUUGGUGGCUCUACGGGCUCAAGCCCAGGAGGCUUGGGAGGUGCUCCAGGAGGGCCUGGUGGAAUGAACAAACCUGGUGGAGCAAGUAGUCCUUUUGGGGGUUCCUCUGGAUCAAGCCCUGGGGGAUUUCCUGGCGCUUCAGGAGGCCCUGGUGGAAUGAACAAACCAGGUGGAGGUAGUCCAUUUGGUGGUUCAUCAGGAUCGAGUCCAGGUGGUUUGGGAGGUGCUCCAGGAGGCAGUCCAUUUGGUGGCUCUUCUGGCUCCAGCCCAGGAGGUUUGGGAGGAGGGCCUGGUGGAAUGAACAAGCCAGGUGGAGGAGCUAGUCCAUUUGGUGGCUCUACAGGCUCAAGCCCGGGCGGUUUCGGAGGUGCUCCAGGAGGGCCUGGUGGCAUUGGAGGCAGCUCUCCCGGUGGAAUGCCUGGUCAAGGUCCGGGUGGAAUGAGCAAACCAGGUGGCAUUGGAGGUGCUGCCGGAGGCCCUGGUGGCUUUGGAGGUGGCUCUCCUGGAGGAAUGCCUGGUCAAGGUCCGGGUGGAAUGAGCAAGCCCGGUGGUAUUGGAGGUGCUGCCGGAGGGCCCGGUGGCUUUGGAGGUGCUCCUGGUGGAAUGAGCAAGCCAGGUGGUGGCAUUGGAGGUGCUGCCGGAGGGCCUGGUGGCUUUGGAGGAGGCUCUCCUGGUGGAAUGGCUGGCCAAGGUCCUGGUGGGCCAGGUGGCAUCGGUGGUGGUGCAGGAGGGCCUGGUGGCUUUGGAGGCAGCUCUCCUGGUGGAAUGCCUGGUCAAGGUCCGGGUGGAAUGAGCAAGCCCGGUGGAAUCGGAGGUGCAUCUGGAGGACCAGGUGGCAUGGGAGGUGCUCCUGGUGGAAUGAGCAAGCCAGGUGGCAUUGGAGGUGGUGCCACAGGUGGCCCUGGUGGCUUUGGAGGAGGCUCUCCUGGUGGAAUGGCUGGCCAACGCCCUGGUGGAAUGAGCACCAGGUGGCAUUGGAGGUGCUACCGGAGGACCAGGUGGCUUGGAGGGGCUCCCUGGAGGAUCGCUUGGCAAGCCGGUGGAAUGAGCAAGCCAGGUGGCAUUGGAGGUGCUACCGGAGGACCAGGUGGCAUCGGAGGUGGCCCCGGUGGAAUGAGCAAGCCAGGUGGCAUUGGAGGUGCUACCGGAGGACCAGGUGGCUGGAGGGGUCCGGUGGAAUGGCUGGCCAAGGCCCUGGUGGAAUGA